GACAAGGGACAAGUGAAUUUUGAGGUUGGCAUUUCGAUGUCAGGAUGGCGACUGUUGGUAACGCUUUUGAAUCGUUUCAAACAGUCGUACGAGGGAACGAUUUUCUCGCGACACGAAUCAAAUUUGUGUGAGAUAAAUGUUAUUUGAAUGUUUUUACUGAACUAACGCGUGUAUAGAUUUUUAUAGCGAAUUAAUUAGCACCGAGAGAGAAAAAUAUAUUUAUUAUGUAUUUAUGGCGCAAUCGAUUUAGAAAGUUUGACGAUUGUUAUUAGUAGAAUAGAAUAAAUCAUUGUUUGUCACGAAAAGUGUUUUCGCAUAUUUGUAAUGUCAUUCAACGAUACGAUUACCGUAUACGUGUGUAACAGCAACUGACAGAAUAUUCGUGAUAAUUUUUUAUAUUUGCAUUGCGACAAUAAUAGCCACAAGGUUAUGUCGCGUUGCUCUCGCGAAAGUAACAUUACGAUCGAAAAAGAUCCACGGUAAAACAUCGUUUACCAAUAGUAACCAUUUUAUUGAAUUGUACAUUCUACGAAGAUGAGCGGGGAAGUGGAAUACAAUGUUGCUGCUAGAUAUCGAACAGUUAGAAAGCAUUUGGACAACUUAGGCUACCAACAAGCGUUGCCGCUGGAUGCUUUACCUCUGAUAGAGCCUUUACUGGCCGAUCUCAUUCGGACUACUGACAGUCUCAAGUAUUUCAAAGCCCUUGCUAAGGAGAACAUUGAGGCGUGUAAUCAGUUGCAAUUAACAGUUGAUCCUUACAAAUGUGACAAUGUGAGAUUAGUGCAAGAGUGCAACCAGCUUCACUCAGACCUGAUAGAGGCGAAGGAAAUGCAUCAGAAACAAAUUAAGGAUCUCAAGAAACAGAUACACAGGUUAGAGUGUGAAUGUAACGAUCUGCAAUUGGCAUCCUCGCGUAAUAUACAUAAGAUAAAGGAACUGGAGGUGGAGUCAGCUGCCAAGUCUAAGAAAAUAUUGGAGCUUCAGGGCAAAUGUCUAAAACCAACCAUUGCUAACGUUGGACUUGCUGCUAAAAAGCGCCCCUGUUUUCCACCACGAAGAUCAGUUCUAGAAGCUGAACCAAUGCCAAGAACAAAAGGCAGUGGUUUACUGCCGAAAUUAAGUAACGUAGAGCCAAAGAUAAUGGAUAUCGUAAGCAUGGCGGAUCACAAGAUGAACUGUUUAAGUAAGGAGGUAACAAAAUUACGAGGGGAACUUUUAUUGCAAACCGAUACUGUAGAGACCCUUGAAAAGCAGCUUGCCACAAAAGAGAAAGAAAUAAUUCGACUAAAAAAGAUGUUGGAAGGUGGCCGUUCUUACGUUGCAGUCAACAAGGACUGCACUUGCAAGAAGAUGGAAAAAAGAACCGGUGUUGUCCAUGACAUUAUGGAAAUCGGUGAAGCGCGAAUUCUUCAGCAGGCGAAAUUAGAGCUAGAACAGCAGCUAAAAGAAGCUCUAAAUAAACAACACGAUGCUAUGUCUCAGGCAAUGAAACUAGCAGCACGAAACGAAGAACUAGAGAAAGAAUUGAGAGAUAUAGAUCACGUUGCGUUAGCUGUGGAGGCUGAUUGCAAUUCUGCAGUCAAAGAAAAUAAUAGAAGAGUUUGUAGACUUCAGGAAAAAUUAGAGGACGUCAUGACGCAAGUGCAUGUCUUAGAACGCGAAUUAACCGUGGAGCGUCGAGAGAUGCAAGAAUUAAGAGCAGAUCUAGAAGGAUGCAGGCUUGAGAAGCGUAAUAUCCAACGUACUCUGGAUUCUACAUUGGACGAGAAGAAACAGAUGACCGACAAGAUCAAUCAACUAACAAUUAUUGAAAAAAGUUUAAAUGACGAGAUAGAAAGAUUAACUAAAGAAAACGAAUGCCAAAGACAAGACAUUAAUCAGUUGCAAUGUACUAAUAGAAUAUUAGAAGAACAGAUACGUUUAAACAAUAUUGUUGAUCAAACAAAAGAAAACGGAGAGAAGAAUGAUCAGACUAAGGGAGUGAAAUCGUUGAAGAAAAAAAUUGCAUUGAAGAACAACGGAAUCGAGAAAUGCAGUAUCGACAAUCAGAAAGUGGCUAGAGACGGGGAGGCUACGAGAGACGCAAACAAUUUUGAUCUGCGAAAGCAAAUUGACGAAGCUAAUGUGAAAAUCAUGUCUUUGCAACAGUCAAUCCAACGGCUGGAAGCAGAGCGAGAUUAUUAUAGAAAAGAAUACAUCAAUUGCCGAGAUGAACAACACAGAGUAUCCAAUAAAGAUAACACUUUGUGGACGCGCAUUUGCGAAUUGAAGACCGAAUUAAGUGACAAGGAGCACGCUCUGAGCAAAGCGCAACGGCAGAGGGAAGAGCUAUACCGCGAGAGGGAGGAUCUGCAAGCGAGAUUGAAAGCCUGCAAGAAUCAUCAGAGAAGGACGUGUAUUCCUUGCAGAUUGUGCAACUUGUGUCAACCGGUUCAUAUUUGUACCUGUGCGUCGACUUCGUCGAUAUCUGCCAGAGACGUCAGCGCGACGAAGACCAUACUCGAACGUCUGGAACGAGAACGAGAUACGGCCGGGGCAGACGUCGAACGAUUGCUGGAGGAACGUGACGCGUUACGGAAGAGACUUGAGAUGAUGGUAGAUGCGCACUCGUGCGAACAGCUUCGUCUUAAACAGAUUUUAGUCGAGGCGGAAAGUCGGUUGAAAAAUAUAGAGAGAGAACGGCAGGAUUUGUUAAUUAGCCAAGGUACGAAGAGCGCGACGAUAAACGGUCUCGAGGAUCAGCUGAGCGAUCUGCAAGAGGAGCUGCGCCGCACGAAGCAGGAAUUGAUGGCUCAACGGACACAGUACUUCCAAUUACGAACGCUGCAAGAUCAGACGGAUCAGGCGUUUGGAGACGUACAGAAUCAACUGUCGCGUGCCGAAUCGGAAUUAAACAAGGCGCUGGACCGGAAUGCGAGUAUGGAGCAGCAGCAGGCGCAAUUGAAUGAUCAAAUUAAGGAGCUGAAGCAGGAAAUUAAUACUUUACGCUUAAAUAUGACGCUCUUGGAUCAGGAGAAGGAUCGAUUACUAAUGGGGUUGGACGAAAAAACGGAAAAAAUUGCCACACUGGAACGAGAUUUGGAGCACAAGGACCAGCAGAUGGAGGGGUUGCAACAACAGAUUCGAGAUUUGCAACAGAAAAAUGAAAUAUGCGUCGAUCAGAGCGCGGAGCAGGAACGUCAGAUGAAAACACUGCAAUUGGAGAGAGAGGCGAUGCAGCGACAGUUCGAAACUGCGUCGGUGGACCGCGAAAACGCGAUCCAGGAGAAUCGCAAGUUGCAAGACGAUUUGGCGGCAAUGACCUGCGAAGUGCGGAAUAUGCAGCGAGAGCUGGAGACCUCGCACGCUGAGUGCUACGACCUGAAGAGACAGUUGCAGACUUACGUCAGCGAGGUCCGUCGUGCCGAAGAACUCCUGAAUCGAAAGGAGAAUGAGAGGACGGAAAUGUUGAAUCACUUCCGAAGUCUCAGUCUGGAAGCGACAGUCCUGGAGAACAAUAAUCACAGUUUGGAGUCCGAGGCAGCGGAAGCUAGAGGUGCGUUACAAAACGCGAAACAUCAGGUACUCGAUUUGGAACGUCAAUUGGCGGACAGGGAUUGUUUGGUAAAAGGCUACGAGACCCAGAUAAGCAAUCUAACGCAGAGUGUCGCUAAUGUGGAGACGCAAUUGCGACAGCAGAUUGAGCAAAGACACCGAGCCGAAGCCGAUCUAAUGGCGGUUAGGGAUUUAUGCGUGAAGCUGGAUCAACAGAAAGACAAACUUAUGGAGCAACUUGGUGAUAAAGACACUAUGAAAGCGCAUUACGAAGCGCAAUUAUCAAGGCUGAAGGCUGAGCAAACCAUUGUUCAAGAUCAGAUGAGCAGAGAUCGCGUAACUGUAGAACGAUUGGAGACUCUUCUAGACCAGGCAAGACAGGAAUCCAUCAACGCGCAAGCUACCAAUCAAGAGUUGCAAAACGAAAUCUCCAGAUUAAAGCAGAAAGUUUCUGAACUUCAAAAUAAACUAUUGUCGGAAUCUGCAGAGCUCAGACAGUACCAGACUCAGACAGCGGAAUACAGCAAACAGAUCAGCGAGCUCCGUAGACAAGUCACCAAUGAGAGGUUCGAUCGUGCGAGAAAAGAAGAAGAGAGUCGCAGGUCGUUAAAUUCAACUCCAGACAGCUUCAAUGUAGAUUUAAAUGUAGUCAUAUAAAGCACUACAUGCGAUAUCUCUCGAUUCAUAGAUGCGGCAGAAAGAAAAUAAGCGUAACGACAGAUAGGACCGAUAUAAACACCGCAAGAUGCACGAAAUGGUUUAAUGUAUCAGGCGCCAACAUAAUGUUAAAUAUAAUUUGUACAUGCAAGAGUUGUCAAUACAAAUGAUUUUAAUGUAUGCCAUGUUAAUACUGAUCUCCAUCCAGAAUAGAUUUGGAAUACAAAGUUAACAAAUUUAGCCACCAAGAAAGUAAAAGCGUUUCGAGCGAUGAUAAUUCGGAUAAAAUAGAGGCGUUCAAAGUGAGUGGCGAAUAGAAUAAGAAAAAUAUUUGUACAUAAUAGAUUAAGAGUAAUGCAUAUACAUAUGAGAUAAUUAACCGUAAGGAGACAAUGCACGGUAUUGUAAAAUCAAUAAUUCUUAUGACACAAGUUUAUGAAUCAACUUCAAUUCUCAAGUGACUUUAAUUCUCAGGAUGUUUCAAAGGAAUGGCGAAAUAUGAGAUAUUUGAUAGAUGAUACAUUAAGAUUGUUAGAGUGUAUUUUAUAGAAAGAAGGAAAGAUUAAAAGAUGAAAAAGUAGAAGAAAAGGAUAGAAAAGGUAACGAUACUACACAAAGUGGUCAGUAUGAUACGUAUUUUACGAGGUUCGAAUUUUUGUAAUUGUUAAUCGAAAUUAAAGAUAAUAGGAAAAAUUUGAAGCAAUAAUUAGCGGUAUUAAACAAAUCGAAAAAGCGCUUUUCAUAGUACAGAAAUGAAGUAAUUUAACUGAGUAUUUCAUUUAAAGUACAAUAAAAAUAUACAUGUUAA